AUGAAUGGUAGUUUAAGUUACACAAAUGCUACCAAUGGACAAGGCGUGAAUGUGAUCAUUGAGAUGUUAUCCAACGUCAACCUCAGUAAUGAUCUUCAGUUGCUUGACUUUGGUGGCAGAGUUAUUAUUGUUGGCUCUAGAGGCCCUAUUGAAAUCUACCCCAGAGACAUCAUGGUGAAAGAGACCAGCAUCAUUGGUGUGGCUUUAUACAAUGCAACUAAUAAGGAAACAUCUGAGUGUGCCACAGCUCUUUUUGCAGGAAUGGAGACAGGCUGGUUGAAACCUGUCAUUGGUCCUGAAUAUACACUUGAUAAAGCAGCAAAAGCUCAUGAAGACAUCAUCAGCAGCCCUGGAGCCAGUGGAAAGAUGAUUUUUAUCAUCUGAAAUUAUGCAGGAAGUAAAAAAUCCAAUACAGUGCAACAUAACAUAACCGUCGUUGAGGGAGUGUCAUAAUUUGUGUUCACAGAAGAAACUCAAACAGGUUUGGAACAAAAAUGAAAACUCUGCCAUCUAGUCAUCCUCAUAUUGUUCCAACCCCUUUAUGAAUUUCUUUCUUUGCUGAACACAAAUGAGGAUAGUUUAAAGAAUGUGGGUAACCAAACAGUUGAUGGUAGCAAAGAAUGGGAAAAAAAAUACUAUGGAAGUCAAUGGCUAACAUCAACUGUUCAGCUACAUUAUAUUUUCAUGUAUGAAUCACAUAUAUGAAGCUGAUCAUAAAGACCUGUUUUGUGGAAAUGAAAUAAAAUAAAGAGAUAAUUAAAUCUUCAA